AUGGAUUCGCUGUAUACUUAUGAAUCACCAUCGAUUUCGGGUCAUUCACCCAUGAUAAACUAUAGAAAAGAUGCCAAAAAGGGGGUCAAGUUUACGUUCAUGGUUGUUGGAGAACUGGGAACUGGUAAAACCACUUUCGUCAAUAGUUUAUUGAAUAAAAAAGUUGUAAAUCACCGUUUUGAACGGGAUGGAUUAGCAAUUGGAGAAACCAAAACCUUAACUUUUACCAGUGCUAAAUCCGUUGCAUUACCAAGUACAUCGAUUUUAACUAGAAAUGAUUUCAAUCCAUCUACUUCGAACGAAGAACCGGGUAUUGCAUUGACAGAAACCAAGAUUGAAAUGGUUGAUGACGAUCAAAUGAAAUUAUUAUUAAAUAUCAUUGAUACCCCUGGUUUUGGAGAAAAUUUAAAUAAUGAAAUAUGUUUUGUUGAAAUUGAAAAUUAUUUAAAACAACAAUUUGAUUUAGUUUUAGCUGAAGAAACUAGAAUUAAAAGAAAUCCAAGAUUUGUUGAUACUAGAGUUCAUGUUUUAUUAUAUUUUAUUACUGCCACUGGUCAUGGAUUAAGAGAACUUGAUAUAAAUUGUAUGAAACGUUUAUCAAAAUAUGUUAAUAUCAUUCCAGUUAUCAGUAAAGCCGAUUCUUUCACUGAAAAAGAAUUAGCAAAUUUUAAACGUCAAAUAAAAAUUGAUAUUGAGAAAUUUAAUGUACCAAUUUUCCAAUUUGAUAGUUAUUUAAAUGAAUAUGAUGAACAAGAUGAUCAUGAGUUAAUUGAAGAAUGUAAAUUUUUAUCAAAAUUACAGCCUUUUGCUAUAAUAUCAUCUGAAGAUGAUUAUGAAAUUAAAGAUACUCAUACUGGAGAAGUUAAAACUAUUAAAGCUAGAAAUUAUCCAUGGGGCUUAGUUGAUAUAAAUAAUCCAAAAUAUAGUGAUUUCCCAAUAUUAAAAUCGGUUAUUUUAGGAUCUCACUUGCAAGAUUUGAAAGAUUUAACUCAUGACUUCUUAUAUGAAACUUAUAGAACUGAAAGAUUAACUAAGGUUACUGGUAAAGUUGGUCAUCAAAAUGGCGAAGAUGAAUAUGAUGAAGGUGAAUUUCAUGAUACUGUCGAAAGUCAUCAAAGUAAUUUCAAUAAAGAUCAAACAACUGUACCAUCAUUAUCUAAUUUAGCUCAAUUAGCUAAUACUUCAAAUCAAAAUGGUCAUAACCAUAAUAACACUACAAUUGAUAAUGAAUCGGUUGAUUCAGCUUCUUCAUCAAUAAAAAAAUCAAAAUCAAUGUUAUUAGAUGAAGAUGAACAAAAUAAUGAAAUGCCAUCACCAAACUUGGGCAAUAAUUUGUCAUUUCAUUCGUCAAAUUCAACUUUAUCUUUCGAUAAUAAUAGUAAUACCAGUCAUAAUGGAGUACCUCCACGUAACUUAAAUCCUCAAAAUGCAGCAUUCAAGAGAUUAUCUAUUGCUCCUCAAAGAAAUCAACUAAGACAAAUCAGCGAAACCGUUCCUUACGUUAUUAGACAUGAAAGAAUUCUAGAAAGACAACAAAAAUUAGAAGAAUUGGAAAUGGCAAGUGCUAAAGAAUUAGCCAAUAGAGCUGCCGCAUUAGAACAAAAAGCUGCUGCAUUAAAAGCUAGAGAAAAAUCAUUAAUGGCCAAAAGAGAAGUUGGAUCCAGAAAAGCAAGUGCUGCUGCCUCCCCUGAAAGUAACCAAAUCUCCAACGGCGAAUCUAAAACAGAUGAAGUCCAUGCUGAUGAAGAGGUUCCAUUGGAAAGCAAUGAAAGUAUUCAUAGCUCAAUGAUCAAAAAGGACGAGACUUUGACUGAUCUAAACUCUGUAGUUGAAAAUAAAGAAUAA